CAGCCAUGUCACGUUUUCUUCCAUUACUUGUCCUACUCUCCCCCGCAGCACUUCUCUUCCUCCUACCUCGUUGCACCUCCCUACCUCUCCGAAUCAACCUCACCCAUAUAGAUUCCAAAUCUCCCAACCUCUCCAUGGACGAUCGCAACCUGCGAGCAGUUAAGCGCAGCAAGAUCCGCAUGGAAUUCAUUUCCUCUACGCUAUCAACGUCCUCAGUCGACGUCAGCACCACCGUCCACUUUGCCAACGACGAGUACACGGCGGACUUCGCCAUCGGCACCCCUCCCGUUUCCGUCACCGCCAUCCUCGACACAGGCAGCGACCUCAUAUGGACUAAGUGCGAGACAGGUUCCUCUUACAAUCCCUCCGCUUCUUCCACAUACUCCUCUCUCCCUUGUGGCUCCAACUUUUGCCAGGACUCCAUUACGUCCUGCUCCGAUGGUAGCACAUGCAGUUUUCACGUCCCUUACGGCAGCGCCACCGUCGACGGAACCAUGGCCACCGAAACCUUCUCCUUCGGCGGUACAGAUGUACCAGGCUUAGCUUUCGGAUGCAGCAACUCGGAAAUGGGAUCUGCGACGAUGUUCUCCAGCCUUUUGGGUAUGGGUGGAGGACAGCUCUCCCUCAUCUCUCAGCUCGGCUCGGGGAAGUUUUCCUACUGCCUCACUACUCACGACCAAUCGGCCAUUACCAGCCCUCUUCUCCUCGGAUCCCUAGCAACUCCAGAUCCUUCUGCUCAGUCCUCGCCUUUAGUCCAAAACCCUAAUAUUCCAACUUACUACUACCUAUCUCUCCAAGGAAUAACUGUGGGUUCUACUCUGCUCUCCAUCCCGAGCUCCGCCUUCGCAAUUUCAUCAGAUGGCAGAGGCGGGCUUAUCAUCGACUCGGGCACAAGCUUCACCAUUUUGGUCGCUUCUGCCUAUGAUGUUUUGUCGCAGGAGUUUCAGUCGCAGAUGGGAUUGCCGGUGGUGACGGGGCAAAACUUUGAUCUCUGCUUCUCGACUCCUUCGGAUGGGUCUUUUCAGCCGCCGAAGCUUAUAUUUCAUUUUGAAGGCGCUGAUAUUGAUUUGCCGGAGAAUAACUAUUUGGUUCGUGAUGGGGGAGGCAGCGUAGUGUGUCUGGCUAUAUUGCAAGGCAGCGAAGAUCUCUCCCUGUUUGGCAACUUUCAGCAGCAGAACAUGCAUAUUGUUUAUGAUGUCCAAGAAGGGAAGAUUUCCUUCGCGCCUGCUCAAUGCGAAAACUUGUAGACACCUG